AUGCGCCUCCUUCUGUGUGCGGCUUGCUGGGUCGGGCUCUUUCUCCAGCCCGCCGCUUCCGACGUCGUCUCCGCGGGCGGCGCACGGCACGCCGACGAGGUCCGCCGGAACUCCGCAGAUGCCUGGCGAUCGGAUCGAGUGGAAGACGAAGAUGAAGCCGCAGAGACGUCCCUCGAAGAGUCGAGCGAGUCGGUCGUUGCGCCGGCAGACAGUCAGGAAGAAGGCUUUCUGUAUGCCCGCCUGUGGACAGCCCCGUCCUUGUCCAGCAUUCCGAAAUACUACCAAGCCCUCAGAGAACGGCUUCCGGAAGCGAGUGCGCUUUCGACGUCAGCGUCUGAAAUGCUUGCUGCGUCGCAAGCAAGCAUUUCCAGCGCGUUUAGCAAGUCGCGAGAGCAACUGAGUGCGUUGUCGCAGUAUUUCCCUGAAGGAGCAGGAACUGCGGCGCUGGCCGCCGCACCCGCCAUUCUGAACCAUGCAAACUCGACGUUAUUGGCCAGCGUGACAGCGAAGCCUGCGGUGGUUGCCAGCGCAAUUCUCCCGGCGGUCGGAAACAUUUUGAAGGUUCUGAGCUCGGCCCGACUUGUGGAUGAGCUCCGGCAAUUGUUGGCCACCGAGGAAACGGCGCGAAACUGGAACGUCUGUCUAGAGAUGCUGCAGUCGACUGGGAAACUGAACAUCUCUCACCCCAGUGUCAAAGACAUUUUUCAAAAGAUAGUUGUUGCGCUGGUGGUUGUCGGCGCAUCUUUUGCCGCAGCCUUCGACAGCAACGAGUUGCUCGAGAGCGUUGUGCAGAUGGGUGUAGUCCCAUUCAUUUCACAUUUCUUGAGGACACUUGCGCAGGCUUCCAAAUCAGACCCGAUCGCGAGAGACGGGCGGGCACCGCAGAACAUUAUGCAGCCCGUGCGUCCAGAGGAAGCGAACCAUGUUGGUGCAUCCGCAGAGGGCCACGUGGUUUCUCAAGCGAUCGAUGAUAUCAAACGCUUGUCUUCGGAACAGCUUUCCGCCAUUGAAACUAAAUACGGGGACUUUCUCUCGCGGUUUGGGGUUCGCCACGGACAAAUGAGGACGUGGUUGAAGCUCCUUACAGGAGACUCUCCCUCGAAUGACGAGCCUGACGCAUACGCCCCUGUGUACGCUCUGCCGCAGCGCAACACGAGGCCGUCGCACGAACAAAGAGUUGAGGAAGAGUCCAACGACGCACUCCAGUAG